AUGGCGGACAUUGAACGCAAGACUACGACGCAACAAUCCAAGCCGACUACCCCUGUCGAUUCCGUUCUUGCCGUCACCCCUCCCGUCACACCGAACGCAACAAGCACUGCGGCGCACCGGCUAGUCUCCGAAAUUAGACAAAUACACACGGUACUCAGCGGACUAUCGUCGUUAGCACCUUCAGAACAGGUCAAUUCUCUUCUCACACAACUCGUGAAUCUUUGUGUGGUACCUUACAGUACGGAAUUCACGUCAUAUUUCUUCCGUAUACCCGGUAUCGAGAGUCUUUGCUCGAAUUUACGACCACUAUGUUCAGAAGCCGAAGGAGAAUUGGAGAAAUUCUGGGCAAAGCGUAUGCUCAAUGAUCUCAGUACGGGACAACAACAAAUCUCGAGUGUUCUUCAAACCUUCCCAUACUACCAAAACUAUGUUGAUCUCUCUCGGCUGGAAUGCGCAGCCAUAGAAGCGUUCCUCCCGGCGCCGCCAUCCAAAAUCGCAUUCAUCGGCUCCGGCCCAUUACCACUCACCUCGCUCUGUUUCCUGAAUCGUCACCCUAAUUCGCGGGUGUAUAACAUAGAUAGAGAUACCACCGCGUUGUCUGUCAGCGAAGGUUUGUGCAAGCGAUUGGGCUACCAGGACGACCGCAUGAGUUUCGCUUGCGAAGACGUUACACAGGAAACAACAUUGUUGACAUCAGGAUGGCAAUCAUGCGAAGUGGUAUUUCUUGCCGCCCUUGUCGGCACAGAUACCUAUACAAAGCUCAACAUAUUGAAGAGCAUGGCGGGGAAGUUGGCGCCUGGGACAUUAGUGGUAGCAAGAAGUGCACAGGGUAUGCGGAGUGUAUUGUAUCCGAUAUUGGAGUUAUCCGAAGACCUCCAGACUAUUGGGUUUGAUAUUCUCGCCGAAGUACAUCCGUGGACCAAAGUCGUCAAUUCUGUUAUCGUUCUACAGGUCAAAGAGAGGUAA